CGCAGUUCAACAUGAAUACCCUACCUGUACACACUGUACUAACUCUGAGCUGACUAGACCAGCGCCAGGUAUAGUAUAUGUGCUGAUGUAUGUUUGCAUCAGUUGUAAGCUACAACCUAUAACACAUGGGAUUAUAUGUUUACUUUAAUUAUUGUAUGGCCCAUAAAGCCCACGUUGUAUGUGUGUCUACAGUCAAAUGAUACUACAUUAUGACACAUCCAUUUUAAUUUCCGUGUUUUCUGCGUGAAAUAAUUCGUAUUCAUUAUGACAUAUUCAGUUUAAUUUCCGUGUUUUCUGUGUGAAAUUAUUCGUAUUUAUUAUAGGUCUAUACGCAUACAUUGAGAUUCCGUUGAAUUUAAUUUCGAAACUAAUGUCAUUGCUUGUCAACGGGUCCAAAUGCGGUUGUAUAUCAAGGGUAAUUUUUGCCUGACGAGUACAGUACACUGUCAAUCAGUCAAGCAGGGCUGUGCUUCUAAAACACUGUUACCUGGAGAGAAACUGUGCUAUGGCUUAUACUGACACUGAACUAUAAGUGCACAGUAACCUCACCAAAAUGCUGGACUAUAAACGAAUUCAUUUUUUGCAAGGGCGAUCAUUUACAAAAUAAAACUGUUGAACAUCAUGUUACAUUACAAAAAACAAUGUUACAUGUGAGUUGUGUCCCUAAACAUAUUUUUAUAACCAACGAUUGGCAUUGGAUCUACGUUUAAAACUUAUGACCUAUAAAAGGUAAUUUCCUCUUAUUGACCAAGCAAGUUGUUUGAAACUCCAUGUCGCCUGUUGUGAAGAAAUAAUUUCCUCCUCACACCCAUAUAGCUAGUGUGUUUCAAUGAAGGAAGUUAUAACAUCCUCACUUCCAAGCUUCACAGUCACAAGACACAUUCAGACGUUGUACACUGAGAUCCCGGGGAGGUGGAGCUCGGCCACUAACAGCAAGUAUACUGCUAUACUCAUUAUACAAACGUGUGUUUCUAACCAAGUGAUAUGGCACCGAUGACAGUUCUGUGCGUAGCGUGCAUGAUGGUGUACACUCGUACUGCCAAAUGCAAAGGAUACCAACACUGUUCAGACUGUGACAGCACUACAGGACAUUGCAUCUUUGAGUGUGAACCUGGGUAUUUUGAUCAGGAGUGUAGUUCUAUUUGCAACAAAAAUUGUCGAAACAAGAAAUGUAAACUGUCAAUAAAUGGCAAUGAUAAUUGCACUGAAGGUUGUGUCCUGGGAUACCAAGGCCCGGGGUGUAGUCGGCCAUGUUACAACCCAGGAGGUGUUUGUACAGCAUGCCCAGGUGGGUGUGAUGGAGGAUAUUGUCAGCUUGGCUCCUCCUGUGUGUCUGGAUGUAUAGACUCCUACUAUGGGUCUGGCUGCAAGACAUGUCACAGAGGAUGUAAGACAUGCAACAGCAUAACAGGAUCAUGCACGGAGUGUCAUCCUUCAUUUCCCGGUCCGAACUGUGAACAGGAGACGAACACUACCAGAGGUUGUGAAGGUGGUUGUGUACCUGGACAUAUGGACAGAGACUGCAAACAUUGUUCUGACAAAUGUCUCAAUAAGACCUGUCACCCUAAGAACGAACCCUUUGAUAAACGAUGUAAUCCAGGAUUCUAUGGUGAACACUGCAACAAGACGUGUGGUGUGUGUAUUGAUGGAGACUGUGAUCAGAUGACAGGGAUGUGCUUCAGAGGGUGUAACAGGACCAAACUUGGAUGUGAACCUUCCUGUAGAGCCAACUGUACUUUAGCUGAAUGUGACAUUGACACAUGUCCACAAGAUGGGAAUGACGAACAGAAGACAGGCAGUGUGCUGACUUGGUUGUUGGCAUCACUGCUUCUCCUUGUAUCGGGCAUCUUGCUGACACUCUGCCUCUGUUACUGCAAGCGUUUCCCCAAACAAAGGGAACAGGAGGAGCACCAGGAUCAGAUGCAUCAAGAUGAGGUGGAGUAUCUGCAGUAUUUACCUACAGUACAGGGAGAUACACUUAAUACUAACCGUCAUUCGAAUCAUGCCUAUUAUGACGUUAUCGAUGCCGAGAAGGGUCCCGCCAUUGUGUUCCUGUGACCACUGAUUAUAUGUUCCCUCGUUUAUGUUGUAUGACGCGCUAGUUGUUGAUGAAUUUGUCGGUUUUAUCAGUGGUGAUCUUCUGUUUGUUAUUCCGCCCUCAUUUAGCUGACCCUGUUCCCAAAGUAUACAGCACUAUACUACAACAUUAACGUUAAAAACACGUGAAGAAUAUAUGGUGCGCUUCACAUCGAUGAUGAUGCCAUGAACGUUGAUGCCACUACUCUGUACAGUAUACGUCUUUACUACCAGCUGAUAAUACAUGGGUCUAUUAGCAAUGGUGAUAUGAAACCAAAGUUGUUGUUAUCAUUUAACGUGUAUAGAAUACUAUUUGUAUUGUGUAAACAAGUGUCUCAGUCACGAAAGACGAGACGUAAACUUCGGGUCGUGUCGCUUCGGAUCAAUGUUGUGUGUGUUUGUACUAAUGUGCCUUAAAUUUGCAAGUCGUGCACACUAAUUCUUAAUUUUCAUAAAAGAUUGAAAAAGAUCAGGUGUGAUAUAUUUGUACAUUAAAGUAAUAAACAUUCUACACUGUA